GCACUCUUCCUGUUCAGCAAAAGUCUUGGUCUCGACGCCGACCACCGAGUAAUCGAAAGCCUUGGACUCGACUUGGCUAGCUCAUAUGCAUUGCUCAGUUCAGAUGAUUCAGUUUCUACUCUGCUUGCUUACCGUCUGGUAGCAAAUUACGUUCCAUCCCUCACCCUAUCGUGGAAUUUUGAGGAGGCGUCUAUAUAUGCUUAUGUUGCUGUUGCAGCUUCUCAUCGAUCUUUGUGUCCUUUUCUCACCACACGAUGUCGACGGCAGCAACGAAGACGGCUUAUCAUUGAGCAAGAGCCUAACCUGGUGAAAUGCUAA